AUGUUCUCACUUCUCAAGAAGAUAACUGGUUCUGGUCAACAGCAACAACCAAUCAUUUCUAGAAAGAUCAAUAGUGAAGCAAGACUUUCGGAGAAUGAUAUGAAGGAUUUGGAAAAGUUAACCAAUGAAUUAAAUUCUAAAAUUUCAUCACCCAAUUUGAGAGCCUUGUUGGCUAUUUAUUCAAAGAAUAUUGAUGAGAUCAAUGGCUCGGAAGUUGUGUUGGAUCAAUCGAUUGCGGAUUUGGAAAAUAGAUUCUUAUCGGUUCAUAAAGAACAAAAGUCUUUGAUUUUUGCUCAUCCUGAAUUGUCCAACUCGAAUGAAGAUGAAGAAAUGGUCGACGGAGAAGAUAUGUAUGAAUAUAUUAAAAAGAAGAGUAUGAUCAAGAAUGAAUUAAAGAAAUUGAAUAGUGAAUUUUCCAAAUCCAAGAUAACCUAUUGUCACUAUUUCUGUAAAGAAGAAACUGAUUUUAUUCAAAAGAAUGGAAACAAAAAGGAUGAAUGCAAAUCUUAUAUUUUACGACCAAGUGUUGCUUUUGAUCCGUUUAUUGUAACCGGUGAAGAUUUUCAUUUCAGAUUGGCAUCUUCGUUUCUUAAUCAUGCAAAUGCUGGAUUUACUUUGAAUGAAGUGACAUACGUUUGUAAUCCAUACAACUUGAAGAAAUUCAAUGAAAAGAAGAGAGAAUUGGCUAAACGUCACAAUUUUAUGCUCGAUUCAAUGAAGCCACUCAUUCUAUUCCAUGGUAACAGAUUGGAAUCAAACUAUGAUAGUAUUAUGAAAACUAAUUUUUCAAUUUCAAAGGUUGGUUCAAACACUGGUAAUUUAGGAUAUUACGGAAAGGGAGUUUAUUUCAGUUCCAUUCCUUCGUAUAGUGCUGCAUAUGCAGGUACUAAUAUACUUCUUGUUUGUUUGGUGUUUACAGGAAAGGCAUAUCCCCUCCAGCAAAUUACAAUGGGUUGUCCAAGACAGGAAGGUUACGAUUCACACACAUCCCCUGAUGGCUAUUCAGAAGUUGUGAUUUUUGAUGAAGAUCAAAUAUUACCAAUUUACAAAAUCAAAUAUUCUGUUUAAGUUGUAAAAUAUAUAAGAAAUGUAAAUAAGAAGGAACAGAAAAUAAACUAAACGCAACAAAGAAAUUAAUUUCGGAAGGAAUAGGUUCAAAUUAUCAUGUUUCGCAAAUUACAUUGGAAGAUUUGCCCCUUUAUUAAACGAUUGAUUUUUUU